AUGGAUCCUUUGCUUAUCGAAUAUCUUGUCCGUGGCGAGCAAGUUGGUCUUCAUGGUGCACAGGUCAACGAGGCCGAGUUCUUCUACAAGUCGGAACCGAACUUCUCCUUCGUCCUCCAUGCAGCUGUGCUCGAAAUCAAGGUCACCGGCUCUGGCAGCGGCUCGGGGAGCACCACCGACAAGAUCCUGGGUCUUUAUAACGAUAACAUGACAUUGUUCAACGGCCUCAAUCUUGGGAAGGAUACCGCCAAGGAGAUUAAAUCAGAUAUUGCGCAAACCCUUAUCGGCGACGAAGUUUGGACUGGCGGCAGCUCCUCCGCUUCUGGCUCCUCAGUCGUUACUCCAUCCGCAUCGACUCCCCCAGCUUAUGCUGGGCUGACGUUCAGCUGCGGCUCUUACACUGGCAAUUCGGCCAAGUUCCGUUCUCACUGA